AGAGAGUCUUGGUCAUUAUGUGCCCUCUUCACAAGAAAUGGUUGCUCAGAGAGAGAGGGAGAGAGAGAAGCGGGUCAAAAGGAUUUCCAAACCACAGGAGGAGAAGGCAAUGACCGCCUCACAAAAAUAACUGCAAUUAGGACAUUUCAAGACCUUCCCAAAAAUAAACUGCUGGACUUGGCCUUAUAAAAAUAAAAAGUUAAGCCCUGAAAUUCUUCCUAAGACCAGAGCCCUCCUCUCCAAACACAAUCUCCAUCUUUGAGUCCAGAAAACCCCCAACAGAGGCAGAGAAAAGCAUCACCGCGAGCAAUGGCAAAGUCUCUACAGGCUAUCAUCUUCCUGGCCUCGGCCCUCUCCUUCUUGUCCCUCCUUGGUGCCGUUUACGGCGAUUCCCGCUUCUUCGUGGAGGGCAAGGUUUACUGCGACACCUGCCGCACCCAGUUCAUAACCAAAGUCAGCAAAGACAUGCCAGAUGCCAAGGUGCGGUUGGAGUGCAAGGACCGUGAAGGUGGAAGCGUGACCUACAGCAUCGAGGGCGUGACCGACAACACCGGGAUGUACCGCCUUCCGGUGGACGGAGAGCAUGAGGAGGAGAUCUGCGAGAUCGUGCUCGUCAAGAGCAGCCAGCCCGGGUGCGAGGAAGUCAGCAAUGACCCUUUCCUGAGGAAGACCGCGAGGAUUAGCCUCACCAAGAACAAUGGCAUGGCCACCCCGGUCCGCCAGGCCAACCCGCUCGGCUACAUGAAGAACGAGUCUCUUCCCGAGUGUGCCGACGUCCUCAGAGAACUCGGAAUGACCUCGACCGGCCUUGCUUAAACCUCAAAGUUUUAGUGUUUUUGCUUUUCCAUUUCACAAUGUAAUGUCCUUAAUCUGUGUCCUUAUGCAUGAGGUAAACAAACGUUAAAGUACCGAUAUGAAUGUUUUGCUUGCCCAUCGAAUU